GUAGGCUAUGCAUGAGUGCGGCCUUCCCUUGCUUCAUCAGACAGGCACUUGUAUACUGUCAUCUCGUCCCGUUACAUCUCGUGUCUUUUGCUAACACGCAUUCCAAUACAUUCCCGGCCGCUUCGUCUGCAAUGGCGUCUGCUUGAGUCUACUCCAGUUUACACAAACCUUCCCCGCGCAGCGUCACGCUCUUUCUUUCCAUUUCUGCUCUGACGCUUCCCACCCGCUGCCUGUCAAACUCAUUAAUCAUGGGAAUCAACCAUUUCUGGAACGUCGUCAACGAGGCAGGAAGGAAGAGGUCGCUGGCCCAAUGGGCUGCGAAUCACCUCAAGGAACACGGGCGACCGCUACGAAUAGCCAUUGACGAGGCCCAUUGGAGAUUCAAGAAUAUCACUGAUGCCAAGGAGGCCGAGAUCCAGGAGAAAAGUCCUGGUUCCCACCCUCGGGAGAAGGCCAUACUCGAGCGUACACUGCCGCUGUUGCGUUUGGGUAUCCAGCUGCUUUUCGUUUUUGACGGCGAAAAGCGACCGGAGAUGAAGAAGGGCUCAAAGCGAUACUGUCAGCGCGAGGCAACCACGGCGCUCCUCAAAGGUAUGCUUGAUCAUUUUCAUGUGCCGUGGCAUCAGGCCCCAGGAGAGGCCGAGGCCGAGUGUGCACUACUGCAGCAAAAGGGCUUGGUCGACGCCGUCUGGUCCGAGGAUGGCGACUCGUUCAUGUUCGGCUGCACACUUCUCAUCAAAGACUUGCGCAACGGCAAGAACCAGAAGCUCAAAGAAGAGGCCCAAUCAUUCGACAUGAGGGAUAUCAGGAAAACGGGGCUUUUCAACAAGAAGAGCAUUACACUCUUCGGAAUGCUAACUGGAUGUGACUACGACUCUGCGGGGCUCAAAGGCUGUGGUGAGGCCAUGGCUCGCCAGUUGGCCAGGAGAGGGGGGCUCGUCGAGGGAUUCUGGCGAAUCCAAACAGAGGCCGAUGCGGCUGACUGGCGGAUGCUUCUCGAGGAGGAGAUAGAAAGGAUCACUUCUAGAUCGAAUCUGAGCUUCAACAAGCAGAGAUCCAACAUCGAAAGCUUUCCCGCCCUCCAGGCCUUGGAAAAUUGCCGGAAUCCCUCUAUCUCUGAUGCGGCAACUCUCGACAAUCUUCCGUUUACACAGGGCGAAUGGUACGGGACGCACACGACUGAGAACUUGAAGGUGACGAUUCCAUGGAUGCAAGCACAUUUCUUCAGUAGGAAGGCCACCAUUUGGUGGGUGGAGCAAUUCGUACCCGUGACGAUCAAUCAGCGAUUCCUGAAGAAUGAUUUCAAGGUACGCGAUCUGGUAGCAAAGGUUGCACACAAGCGAAAGGACUCCCCAACAACUUCCGCCGAAUUCGACCCGUGCCAAGUGUUUCCUGGUAUUGAAGAGGCGAUCCUCGUCUUGGAGGGAGUUCAUCUUCUGAAUCGAUGGGGCGAGCUCGAUCGGAAGCUAGAAGGACAUCCGAUUAAGAAUGUCAAAUUCGAUCUACUAGAUGCGAUUCUCAGUCAGGGCAUGUCCGAAACAGAGUUCCAGCUUUGGCUAAAGGAACCCAGAACACCUCGGCCGAACAAAAUUCAUCCCGUACACCCGCCUACAACCUCACGAUUGCAACGGAUGCCUCUACAUAGCGGUCUUGACUUGCACAACGUCCAAUUCCAUACCCCAAUGACUGACAGCCGUCGUAUAAGGACUGAGAACCGAGCGAAAGGCCAGCUUUUAGGCUUGAUAGGUCGUUCUCACGAGUCCAGCAUCAAAACAGUGGGAACACCAGUCAGCUCCGACUACUUGCGGAGAAAACGACUGGCGAAACUCGAUACAAUGCGGGGUAGUGUCGAUACUGCUACUGACGACAUGCUCGAGAAAUCCCGUGGCAGAAUAGGCAACACUUGGGGCCUUGACGACGAGGACGACGAGGACGGGGAGAUAGAAGAGAUUCGAGGCAUCUGCAGCAAGAAGAGAAAACUGGCAGAAUCUCUUGCCGAAGAGAUACGCAACACUAUGCCUGGGACACGAGGGAGGCAGCUUCUGCUAGAUAUGGAGUUGGACUCGUCGCAGGAUUCUCUUUUGAGUGUGCCUCUUAGGACGAAAAGAGGUGUAGGAAGCAUGCCCUCUAUGAACAGUACUCGACCGGGCACCUCGCUGUCGUUCGGCUGUGGCAAGGGCACGGCUGAUGAUCCAGUGGAGAUACUAUAGCGGAGGAGACUUGGAACCUGGUUGCAACCCUGGGACACCGAAUAAGCCCAGGGGAUUGAAAAGUAUGCGACUUGAUCAACGGGCAUGCCUGACAUGAUUGAAUGUGGCAGGGCAGCACUCAUAGCCCGUAGCCUUUGUUCUCGGAGUAACAGUCGGU